AUGCCUCGUGGUCAAAAGAGUAAGCUCCGUGCCCGUGAGAAACGCCGUCAGGCCCGAAGUGAAAACCAAGAUCCCAAGGGUGCUGAAGCCACUGCAGCAGAGGAAGGAAAGUCACCAUCCUCCUCCUCACGUGUUUCUGGGAAAGAAUCCCAGAGCACUUCUGCUGCAGGCAUCCUCCAGGGAUCUCAGGCAGCCAGAUCCACCAGCACCCCUGCUGGUGCUGCUGCUGGUGCUAAGAUCCAAGAGAAGGGAAAUUCAAGAUCCACCCGUGCUCAGGCUGCCUCUCGCCACCCAAGAAAAGAUCCCCUGACCAAGAAGGUGGAUAUGUUGAUGCAGCUUCUGCUGCACAAGUAUAAAAUGAAAGAGCCCAUCCUCAAGGCAGAUAUGCUGAGUAUGAUCAGCAAGAAGUACAAGAAGCACUUCCCCGAAGUCCUCCGGAGAAUCACUGAGCGCAUGGAGUUGGUCUUUGGCCUUGACCUGAAGGAAGUCAGCGGCAGCGAUCCAUCCUAUACUCUUGUCUGCAAGCUAGAGGUUUCCAGUGAAGAGUGUCUGGAUGAUGGCAGGGGUUUUCCCAAGACUGGGAUCCUGCUGCCUCUCCUGGGCAUGAUCUUCAUGAAUAACAACCGUGUCACUGAGGAAGAGAUGUGGGCAUUCCUGAAUGUGUUGGGAGUAUUUGAUGGUAGACAGCACUUCAUCUUUGGGGAGCCCAGAAAGCUCAUCACCAAAGAUUUGGUGGAGGAAAAGUACUUGGAGUACCAGCAGGUACCCAAUAGUGAUCCUCCACGCUAUGAGUUGCUGUGGGGUGCAAAGGCCCACAAUGAAAUCAACAAGAUUAAAGUCUUAGAGUUUUUGGCCAGGAUCAAAGGUACUGCUCCCAGUACCUUCCAGUCCCGUUAUGAGGAGGCUUUGAGAGAUGAGGAAAAUCGAUCCCGAGCCAGAAAUGCAGCCAAGGGUGGUGCUACUACUCCACCUGUGGCCACAUCCAGCCAUUUGCCCCAGCGCUAG